CGCCUGGCCCCACCGUGUGCCCCUUUCCCGGAGUCCUCGCCUGGCUAGGAGGCCGCCGCGGCCCUCAGUUCCCCCGUGUGCCUUCCGGAAAGGAGGGGGAGAAUCUGGGGGCCGGCGGUAGGCGGGCCCGCAGCUUUUCCUAGGCAUCCUCUGGAGCUCUGUGUGUCCCCACAGCCCCCGGGUGCGUGAGGCUCUCUACGGCGCCGCUCAGCAGGCAGGCCCGUAGGCCUCACAGGGGAAGAUGAAGUAGAGCCGUGACCAUGGACCAUGACGUCCCUACCAUCAGGCCCCGCCGCAUCCAGAACCAGAACGUCAUCCACCGCCUGGAGCGCCGCCGGAUCAGCUCGGGCAAGGCUGGCACCCACUGGCACCAGGUGCGCGUCUUCCACCAGAACGUCUUCCCCAACUUCACCGUGGUCAACGUGGAGAAGCCUCCCUGCUUCCUGCGCAAGUUCUCCCCCGACGGCCGCUACUUCAUCGCCUUCUCCUCCGACCAGACCUCCCUGGAGAUCUACGAGUACCAAGGCUGCCAGGCGGCCGAAGACCUCCUGCAGGGCUACGAGGGGGAGAUCCUGGCCAACGGCAACGACCAGCGGUCGGUCAACAUCCGGGGGCGGCUCUUCGAGCGCUUCUUCGUCCUGCUGCACAUCACCAACGUGGCCUCCAACGGGGAGCACCUGAACCGGGAGUGCAGCCUGUUCACGGACGACUGCCGCUACGUGAUCGUGGGCUCCGCUGCCUACCUGCCCGAGGAGCCCCACCCCCCCUUCUUCGAGGUCUACCGCAACAGCGAGUCGGUGACCCCCAACCCUCGCUCCCCCUUGGAGGACUACUCCUUGCACAUCAUCGACCUCCACACGGGCCGGCUCUGCGACACGCGGACUUUCAAGUGCGACAAAGUCAUCCUGUCCCACAACCAGGGGCUGUACCUCUACAAGAACAUCCUGGCCAUCCUCUCGGUGCAGCAGCAGACCAUCCACGUCUUCCAGGUGACGCCCGAGGGUACCUUCAUCGACGUGCGCACCAUCGGCCGCUUCUGCUACGAGGACGACCUCCUCACCCUGUCCGCCGUGUACCCCGAGGUGCAGCGGGACAGCCAGACGGGGAUGGCCAACCCCUACAAAGAGCCCUUCAUCAACUCCUUGAAGCACAGGCUGCUGGUGUACCUGUGGAGGAGGGCCGAGCAGGACGGGAGCGCUAUCGCCAAGCGGAGGUUCUUCCAGUACUUCGAUCAGCUGCGGCAGCUGCGCAUGUGGAAGAUGCAGCUGCUGGAUGAGAACCACCUGUUCAUCAAGUACACCAGCGAGGACGUGGUCACUCUGCGGGUCACAGAUCCCUCCCAGCCCUCCUUCUUCGUGGUGUACAACAUGGUGAGCACAGAGGUCAUUGCUGUGUUUGAGAACACGUCUGAUGAGCUGCUGGAGCUGUUUGAGAACUUCUGUGACCUCUUCAGGAACGCCACCCUGCACAGCGAGGCCGUCCAGUUCCCCUGCUCCGCCUCCAGCAACAACUUUGCCAGGCAGAUCCAGCGCCGGUUCAAAGACACCAUCGUGAAUGCCAAGUACGGAGGGCACACGGAGGCCGUGCGGAGGCUGCUGGGCCAGCUCCCCAUCAGUGCCCAGUCCUACAGUGGCAGCCCCUACCUCGACCUCUCCCUCUUCAGCUAUGAUGACAAGUGGGUGUCAGUCAUGGAGAGGCCCAAGACCUGUGGAGAUCACCCUAUAAGGUUCUACGCCCGCGACUCGGGGCUGCUCAAGUUCGAGAUCCAGGCGGGGCUGCUGGGCCGCCCCAUCAACCACACCGUGCGGCGCCUGGUGGCCUUCACCUUCCACCCCUUCGAGCCCUUCGCCAUCUCGGUGCAGCGCACCAACGCCGAGUACGUGGUCAACUUCCACAUGAGGCACAGCUGCACCUAGCGGGGGGCGGG